AUGACAAGGCCGGCGGAUACAUCGAAGGAUGGAUAUGAGAUUCAAUUUGCGACGAAUCAUCUCGGCCAUGCGCUUUUGAUUCGCAAACUUCUUCCGCUCAUCGAAAAGACUGCAAGCGAAGGCGGCGACGGACGCAUCAUCAUUCUCUCUUCCACCGCGUGGGGCCUCCAUCCCAGUGGUGGUAUACAGUUUGGGCGUCUUCGAACGGGGCAAGACUUUUUAGUGGGCGGACCUUGGCAGCGGUACGGACAAUCCAAGUUGGCUAAUCUGCUGUAUGCGCGGGAGUUGGCCAAGAAAUACCCCCAUUUGACAUGCGUCUCAGUGCAUCCGGGGAUUGUGGAGACCGGUUUGUUCGACAGGAUGAGCGCCAAGAACAAAAUUAUUAUGUAUUUGGUCUUCUGGUGGGUUAUGAUACAGCCGCAUGAGGGCGCUUAUAGUCAGCUUUGGGCAGCGACAAUACCUAAAGAGAAACUUACAAGUGGCGGUUUUUAUCUCCCAGUUGGAAGACUGGGCGACCCAGGGCUAGGGAGGAGGGCCAAAAAAGGCAAGGGAACUCUUGCCGAAAGGCUGUGGGACUGGACAGAGAAGGCCUUGGAUGACUUUGAGGGUCAUUGA